AUGGACCGCGCGAAGGUGUGGACGGAGGACGAUUGGAAUGAUGAGGAGCCGGACAAUCCGGUCAAAGGCGCCCCGCUGAGAGGCAAACGCCGCAAAUCUGCCGUUGGAAGCUACCGAGCCUCAAAAGCGCUGGCUGAGAAGAAGGCCUGGGAGUUGUCCAAGGAGUUGAAUGUGGAUCUUGCUGUGAUUUGCCCUGGCUUCGUGCUGGGCCCCAUGCUGAGUUCCCGCGCUGAUGGCGAGUCGGUGCUGUUCAUGAAGGGCAUGCUGGACGGCACGCUCAAGGAAAAGGCGGAUAGUGGCAACCUCAAGGGUUCCAGUAAACCCGUCACCGACGUCCGCGACUUGGCCCUGGCGCACGUCCGCGCCAUGGAGAAGGAGGAGGCGGUGGGCAAGCGCAUCAUCGUGUCCAGCGAGACGGGAUACUCGGUCGUGAAGAUGGCCGAGCUGCUCGGCGACAGGUACAAGGCAUACCCGCUGCCCACGACGAGCCAAGAGAUGAGCGCCAGCGCCACGUUCAAGAGCAAGUACUUCAAGGAAGUGCUGGGCGUGUCAAUGCGACCCGUAGAGGUCACCUUGAGGGACAUGGCGGCUGCUUCGCUGAGGCUCGGCAUCACCGAGCGAAAGUUCGUCAAGAAGGCGGCCAAGCCCUUUGGCAACGUGGCUGACAUCCAGCCCGAUAGCCGUGGCGUGUACCUGCUCACCAGCGUAGUGGAGAUCGGUGCAAAGGAGGAGGGCAAGGGCGACACCUUCACCGAGGUGGUCGUCGGGGAUUCCUCCGGCAUCGUCACCUUGCGACUGAACUCGGAGGAGAUGAAGGCCAUAUCCGUUGGAGAUGUGGUGGAGAUCAGAAAUGCGGCUGUGAAGAUGAUGACGGUGCGCUCCAUGGGACGGGCGAUCCCCGGUCUCACGGUGUCACUGGCAGCUUACGUCGCAGCCACUGAAGUGCCCCUGUCUCCGCAGCUGUUGCGGCCCUCUGCAGAAAUGUUUGCUGCAUGCAUGUCAAGCCCGGGCAAGAAGGACGGCAGCAUGAUGUCCGUGAUCGAAGUGAAGGCAGCGCAGGUGACUCAUCCGACGGGGGACCCCAAGUUCUCGGUGAUGCAGCCCUUUCCAGCAGCCAUCUCCGAGAAGGACGCAGAUCCCUUCCUGAUGUGUGAUGAGUUCGGCCCAGCGGUGAGCUCCGGCAAGGAGACGGAUCCGGACCGCUUUCCUGUGGCUUGGCACCCGCACAUGGGCAUGGACAUCAUGACCUACAUGAGGGAAGGGCGAGGAAGACAUGCCGACUCCCUGGGGAACCGGGAAGAGUUUGACAGCCCCGGCUUCCAAUGGAUCAGCGUGGGCAGCGGCAUUGAGCAUGCGGAGGGGGGCGGCACCGCGAAAGGUGAAACGCAGCAUGGCUUCCAGAUCUGGCUGAACGUGCCAAAGGCGCACAAGGCCGAUGAUCCGGCAUACGGCACCGUGAGCUCAGAGCUGCUCACAGACUUCGACUCCGAGCACGGCCGAGCCCGGCUGCUGGCCGGACCCUACGGCGGCAAGGAGGGAGCUUUCAAGACCAAGCAGAGUGUGCAGAUGAUUGACUUCGAGGUGAUACCUCGAGCAGCAUUCUGCCAUCAGAUCCCUGAGCACAUGGAGACAGUACUAGUGUACUGCUACAGAGGUUCCUUGCGAGUCGGGGCAGAGGGCAAGUCGCUUCCAGCCCAGCAUGUGGCACGUUUGGACGGCAACAGCCGAGCCCACCGGGAGUUGCUGCUGGAAGCUGGCGAGGAGGGGGCUGGUUGUUUGCUCUUUGCCGGGAAGCGCAUCAAUGAAUCGAUUGCUUGGCAUGGGCCUUUUGUCGCGAGCGACAAGAAAGAGUUAGUCAUGGCCUUCCGAGCCUAUCAGGAUGGCAGCUUCCCGCCCAAGAGGGUGCCCUGGGACUAUCGCAAGGCCGCCGCCAUGCCGAAGUGA